CUCUGUCUCUACGAUAUUCGGUGUGGACAACGACGUCCCGUUUCACGACACACUUGGCGGUUGAGCCGUAAGUACGGAAAAAUCAAGGUCGGGAAAUGUGCUCACGGCGCGGUGCUGCCAGAUCUUAGCGUUGUUCGACCGAUAACCCGUGCACUAGCGUUUGGCGACGCCCCUGGUUCCGGUGUCCGUAUUGUGGCCGGGAACGCCAUUGGGGAUCUUUGUUUCCUGGACAUGCGUUUACCUAGAGAACGUAUUGUCUCAUCAGGCGAAGAUGAACCUACUUCUGGCCGCGUCAAGAGCCAUGGAGCAAGAGCCGCAGAACCUCCUCUCGGGGUACAGGUGUUGUCGGGAGCAUCCGGGGCAAUCACAGGGCUUGCUUGUGGUGGAUGCGGUAUGGCAAACUUCCCACUUGUCAAAGAAUCUUCAGUAUUCAAUAGUGAGAAUAUCUUGAUCGCUUCAUCUCUAGACCGUUAUCUUCGGUUUUACAACCGAGAUACUGGCGUUCGCUUGGCUAAAGUCUACUCCAAAAUUCCUAUCUCCUCAUUCUUGGUCAGCGACAAUGUGAGUUUGAAAAAUUUACGUUCCGUCACGUCCGAUCUCGGGGAGCAUUCGGAUGGGGAUGAAGAUGUGAACAUGGGAUCAGCAAGCAGCGAAUCGGAGGAGUCAGAGUUUGACGAGAUUUGGGAUCAGCUGCCAACCGUGAAUGAUGAAGAUACGACGAACCCCGCAAUCGGUUUCGGCCGCCACGCAUCACCCACUGGGACCGAGUCAAUCACAGUGGCAGCUCGUUAA